CGCGUUUGAAACGCACGACCGCACCCUAACGCACCCACAAAAGGUUCGUCGAUUUCGAUCGCGCGCGGACGCGCGCGCGCGCGACCGCGACCGCGUCGCGCGACGCGCGAAGACGCGAGAAGAUGCGCGCGAAUCCGCGCAUCGCAUCGCGAUGCGGCGGCGCGUCGCGAAUGCGCGCGAUCGCGCGCGCGCGAUCGGACGUUCGCGCGCGCUCGCGCGGCGAACGAUCGGGAGUGGAUUUCGCGAUCGUCGCGCGGCGUCGACGGCGGCGAGGCGCGAUCGGUGACGGCGUCGACGGGGCGAAUGCGAUGGCGGCGAUGGCGCCGCCGCGGGAUGGAUUCCAUCGGAGUCAAUCUUAGCGAUCGAGGUCUCGGACGCGGGGCGUCGAACGACGGCUGGGGGGGGGGGAUGAAGACGCGGUGAAUGAAGACUGACGGUGUCCGUGACGUACUCGAUCGACAGCACACGAAAGAAACGCAUAAAUCAUGUCUGGAGAAGGCGGAUUCGACGACGCGAACUACGAUCGCGGCAUGGAGGAACUCCUCAAGGAUGACCAGGAUGAGAACGGAGAGGGUGGCAUCACGGAGUGGACCGAGGUGCACGAAACGUUCGAUACGAUGAACUUGCAAGAGAACUUGUUGCGCGGGAUCUACGCGUAUGGUUUCGAAAAGCCGUCUGCUAUUCAGCAACGGGGCAUCGUGCCGUUUUCGAAGGGCUUCGACGUCAUUCAGCAAGCGCAAUCCGGUACGGGUAAGACGGCGACUUUCUGCGCUGGUAUCUUGCAAAGCUUGGAUUACUCCGUUCACGAGUGCCAAGCGCUCGUUUUGGCGCCGACCCGCGAGUUGGCGCAGCAGAUUGAAAAGGUUAUGCGCGCCUUGGGCGACUACCUUCAAGUCAAGUGCCACGCGUGCGUCGGUGGUACCUCCGUCCGCGAAGACACCCGCAUCCUUCAAGCCGGUGUGCACGUCAUCGUCGGUACCCCGGGUCGGGUGUACGAUAUGCUUCGUCGACGCGCGUUGAAGAGCGAUUCUAUCAAGAUUUUCGCUCUCGAUGAAGCCGAUGAAAUGCUUUCCCGCGGUUUCAAGGAUCAAAUUUACGACAUUUUCACCUUGCUCCCGCCGAAGGUGCAAGUUGGUGUUUUCUCCGCGACGCUCCCGCCGGAAGCGCUCGAGAUCACGCGCAAGUUCAUGACCAAGCCGGUGCGCAUUUUGGUCAAGCGUGAUGAGCUCACCCUUGAAGGUAUCAAGCAGUUCUACGUCAACGUCGACAAGGAACAAUGGAAGUUGGACACGUUGUGCGACUUGUACGAGACGCUCGCGAUUACGCAGUCCGUCAUCUUCGCCAACACCCGCCGCAAGGUCGACUGGCUCACGGAUAACAUGCGAGCCCGCGAUUUCACCGUCUCCGCCACGCACGGUGACAUGGACCAAAACACUCGUGACGUCAUUAUGCGCGAGUUCCGCUCUGGUUCUUCCCGCGUGUUGAUCACCACCGAUUUACUCGCCCGUGGUAUCGACGUCCAGCAAGUUUCCUUGGUCAUCAACUAUGACUUGCCCACGCAACCCGAAAACUACCUUCACCGUAUCGGUCGUUCCGGUCGUUUCGGUCGUAAGGGUGUUUCCAUCAACUUUGUUACCGCCGAAGACGAACGUCUCCUCCAAGACAUCCAACGUUUCUACCAAACGGUCAUCGAGGAACUUCCCUCCAACGUCGCCGAUCUCAUCUAAGGUGCAAGCCUCCAUAGUAGAGAUGAAGCUUCGCGACAGAGCGGCCAGUUCCGCUGUCCUACUGCACGUGCAUUAAAUCCAAACUCGUGCGCUCUCGCUUUUCAGAGCCAUCCAUUAGCCCGGUUCGCGCACAAAGUGAAAUAUCGAGUGUUA